AUGAAAGCAGAAAAUGAUGCAAAUAUUUCAACAUUUAUUCUUCUGGGAUUUUCAGAGGAACCAGAACUGCAGCCUCUCAUAUUUGGGCUUUUCCUCUCCAUAUACAUGAUCACUAUCUUUGGGAACCUGCUUAUUAUCCUGGCCGUCAUUUCAGACCCCCACCUCCACACGCCCAUGUACUUCUUCCUGUCCAACCUGUCCUUUGUGGACAUCUGCUUCAUCUCCACCACCAUUCCCCACAUGCUGGUGAACCUACAAAGAGAGAAUAAAGCCACAAGCUACGAAGGCUGCAUUACUCAGAUGUAUUUUGUCAGUGUCUUUACAGUGUUAGAUAAUUUUCUCCUGACCGUGAUGGCCUAUGACCGCUUUGUGGCCAUCUGCCACCCCCUGCACUACACGGUCAUCAUGAACCCCGGCCUCUGUGGACUGCUGGUUCUGGGAUCUUGGUUCCUGAGUAGCCUGGCAUGUUUGUUACAAAACUUGCUGGUGUUACGCUUGUCCUUCUGCACAGAUUUGGAAAUACCCAACUUUUUUUGUGAACUCAAACUGAUAGUCCAGGUUGCCUGUUCAGACGCUUUUGUUAAUAAUGUGGUGAUGUAUUUUUCAGUUCUUCUGCUGGUUGGGGGGCCCCUGGCUGGGAUCCUUUAUUCUUACUCUAAGAUAGUUUCCUCAGUAGGUAGAAUUGCAUCUGUUCAGGGGAAGUUGAAAGCCUUUUCUACUUGUGCAUCUCACCUCUCAGUGGUCUCUUUAUUCUACUGCUCGUGUCUUGUAGUGUUCCUUAGCCCUGCUACUACCCACAGCUCACAGUCCAGUUCAACAGCCUCUGCCAUGUACACUGUGGUCGCCCCCAUGCUGAACCCCUUCAUCUACAGUCUGAGAAAUAGAGACAUAAAGAGGGCCCUGAAAGCAUUCUUGUUGAAGGGAACUACAAAAGGGCACUUGUUCUAG